AAUUGUUUCCAGGUGUACUUGUUACCGGACAAGUCCAAAGCUGGCAAGAGGAAGACAAAAGUAAAGAAGAACACGCUCAACCCUGUAUUCGAGGAGAGUCUCAGUUUCGUGCAGACGCUGGCCUCGCUGUCCUCGCGGACACUGUGGCUCAGCGUGUGGCACGCCGACAUGUUCGGCAGGAACGACUUCCUCGGCGAGGUGACACUGCCGCUGGCCGACGUCGUGUUCGACGACCCCGCGCCCAUGUGGUACAAGUUGCACGAAAGGACAGAACAUUUCGACGAGCAUCAGGGUAGCCGCGGCGACCUGAUCGUGGGGCUCAAAUUCGAACUGCAUGAAACCGGCGCCUUGCGGGGCAAGGGCACCCUGCACGUGCUCGUUAAGGAGGCCAAGAACCUCGUAGCCACCAAACCUAAUGGACUUGCUGAUGUAUUUUGUAAAAGCUACCUUCUUCCCGAACGCGGCAGACUUGUGAAGCAAAAGACCAAUGUGGCGAGACGCUCGUUAAAUCCAAGAUGGGAACACACUUUCACCUACCGUGGUCUCAAACUACAAGAACUCGGUACCAGAGCGCUAGAACUAAGCCUCUGGGAUCGGGACCGUCUUGCAUCAAACGAUUUUAUGGGAGCCGUUAGAUUAUCACUCGGUACAGGAACAUACAUGGGUGCAAAUGUCAACUGGAUGGACAGUGCGGGCAAGGAGGUGUCACUGUGGCAAACAAUGAUGCAGAGGCCUAAUUUCUGGGUUGAAGGAUCACUGCCUUUAAGACCUCAGCUUAAUAAUUAAGUGCCGACAUUUUGUAAAACAACUCGAGUUGCUAUCCAAAUGUUUAUUUUUCUUCAGUCUCAAUAAUAAUAAACUCUUUACGGAUUGUUGAUCAUGUCAAUGAGUAAAUUAUACAAAUACCUUUUAAAUAAUACUAAGGUAUACAUUAAAUUGGGCAAAAAUCUCUAUCUAUAAAAGAUAAAUAUCAGCCCUUUAUUAUAUACUGUCCCAAUGCUGGGCAAAGGCCUCCUUUACUACUGAGAGGAAAUAUAAUUCUACUUAAAUACUCUAUUUUAUGUAUUCUACUUUCUCCUUAACUUUACUAUACAAUAAGUGCCAACAUUACUAGCCAAGAAGUUUUUAAUGUACCCAAUUAUACGCUAGUUCGUAAGUCCUGAAUAUUAUUUGCAUAUAAAUCAAAUUCUAGAUAAUAAUAUGUAAUGUUAAGUUUUGUAAUCGCUGAGGUUAAAACUGACACUAUGGAUAAUAAUUAUGUAUUUUUAUACAAUAGUUUAAAUUCUAUUUAGAGAUAUGUUCGGUAAUAAUCUCUGAAUGUAACAUUCCAACUUGUGAUGGCAAUGAGAAUGAUAGCUUUAAGAAUUAUAAUGACAAUAACUUUACAUGUAUGAGUAACUGCGAAGUAGACUUAAGUUAUGCAUUUAUAUUAGUAUCAUUAUGUACAAAUUAAGUUCACAUGAGUCUUAUAGUACUAGCUCAUGCGCAUUGUGAUUUAAGUGUAGAUAUUUCUUUCAUUUUGUGAAUGUCAUUUGUGUAUAAUGAGAUUUUGAGAUUUACGACAUUGAAAGAACGUCCAUGGUUUAAUGUAAAAUAUAAGAUCUUAUUGACUAGGUACUAUACUAUAAAUAUUUUUAUAUAAACUUACUUACUUACUAUAAAAUUCAAAAUGUUAUGAAAAUAAAAGUUUUGAAUUGUGUCCUAAUUAAA